AUAUAAAUACGAAGUAGCAGGCGUAUGAACUGAUUUUACAUUUGUUUAAUUUUCUUGAGCUUGAUUUCAGUGAUUUUAUCAAAAUGUCGCACGAUCCAAUGCUUGAUGACCCAUUAAGGUAUCUUCGAGUUGAUCCUGCUGUAGCACUGAGAGACCAAUCUAAAUCUUUUGAUGCAAAAAAAUGGGUUUGGGUGCCAGUAAAGGAAGAUGCAGGUUAUUCAGCAGCAGAAGUAAAGGGGACAAAUGGAGAUAUGGUAACUGUUGAAACUGAAGAUGGAAAAACAUUAGAGAUGAAAAAAGAAUUAUGUGAACAGAUGAACCCACCAAAAUAUGAGAAAUGUGUUGAUAUGGCUUCUUUGACAUAUCUCAAUGAAGCUAGCGUUCUAUACAACUUAAAAUCCAGAUAUUUUGAAGGGCUCAUAUACACUUACUCUGGUCUAUUUUGCAUUGCAAUAAAUCCAUACCGUCGCUUGCCUAUAUAUACUGAUGAAGUAAUUAAAAUCUAUCGGGGAAAACGAAGAGUCGAAUGCCCUCCGCAUGUCUUUGCUAUUGUUGAUGAAGCUUACCAAGAUAUGUUGACGGAACACGAAAAUCAAUCUAUGUUAAUUACAGGUGAAUCUGGAGCUGGAAAAACUGAAAAUACAAAAAAAGUUAUUCAGUACAUUGCUAAAGUUGCUGGAGUAGAAAAAAAAUCAAAGGAAACUAGUACUUCUGCAAUAAAAGGAACAUUAGAUGAACAAGUUGUUCAAGCUAACCCUCUUCUUGAAGCUUUUGGUAAUGCUAAGACAACAAGAAACAAUAAUUCAUCUCGAUUUGGUAAAUUUAUACGUUGUCAUUUCUCACAACAAGGAAAGCUAGCUGGAGCUGAUAUUGAGUCAUAUUUGCUGGAGAAAAAUCGAGUUAUUCAUCAAGGAAGCGCAGAGCGUAACUACCACAUAUUUUAUCAACUAUUGUAUGGAACUGAUGAUGAUUAUUUUAAUAAGCUAUGUAUACCUUCAAGAAAAGCUGCUGAUUAUGAGUUUUUAAACAAAGGAGUACCAUCUGUUGAGGGUAUUGAUGAUCGUGAUGAAUACAAUGCAACUUUGGAAGCUAUUUCUGUUCUUGGGCUUUCUAAAGAUGAACAAGAUUCUAUGUUCAAAAUAUGUUCUGCAAUCUUAAAUUUUGGCAAUAUCAAAUUAAAACAAAAGCCUCGUGAUGAACAAGCUGAAGUUGUGGAUCCUGCAGAUGGCGAGAGAGUUGGUUACCUACUUGGUAUACCUGUCGGAGAAUUUCACAAGUCAUUAAUUAAACCUAAAGUUAAAGUUGGUUCUGAAUUUGUAAAUAAAGGUCAGAAUGUUAACCAAGUUUUAAAUGCAGUUGCUGCACUUUCAAAGGCAUUAUUUGAGCGUAUGUUUUUGUGGAUUGUCCAACGUGUAAACAAAGCUUUAGACACUAAAGAGCGUCGUGUUUAUUUUAUUGGUGUAUUGGAUAUUGCUGGUUUUGAAAUUUUUGAGUACAACUCAUUCGAACAACUGUGCAUCAACUUAACAAAUGAAAAAUUGCAACAGUUUUUUAACCAUCACAUGUUUGUUUUGGAACAAGAAGAAUAUAAAAGAGAAGGAAUUAAUUGGGAAUUUAUUGAUUUUGGAAUGGACCUGGAACAAACAAUUGAUCUUAUAGAAAAGCCCAUGGGUAUAUUUGCAAUUUUGGAAGAAGAAUGCAUUGUACCAAAAGCAACAGAUGCUACUUAUCUUGCUAAGUUACAUAAGCAACAUGGUGGAAAUAAUCCAUCCUAUGAGAAACCUACAAACAAAAAGUCAGCUGGUAAAUCAGGAACAGGUGAUUUCAUAUUACAUCAUUAUGCUGGAUCUGUGGGUUACUCAGUAGAAGGAUGGUUAGAAAAGAACAAAGACCCAAUAAAUGAUCACACAGCUAGUCUUUUUAGCCAUGCAACUGAUCCAUUAGUCAGUUUGCUUUUCCAAGACUAUGAUCCUGAUCAAGCUGCUGGGCGCCGGAAAGGUAGUGCUUUUCAAACUGUAUCAUUUCGUCACAAGGAGCAACUAAAAAAUUUGCUUACUACUCUUGGAAUGACUAGUCCUCAUUUCGUAAGAUGUAUCAUUCCUAAUGAAAAGAAGGAACCAGGAGUUGUUGAGGGCCAACUUGUUCUUCAUCAGUUGAGGUGUAAUGGUGUCUUGGAAGGUAUUCGCAUAUGUAGAAAAGGUUUUCCAUCCAGAAUGAAUUUUCAAGAUUUUAAGUUAAGGUACCAAAUACUAGCAUCUAAUGCAAUCCCACCUGGUUUUAUUGAUGGCAAAGUAGCAGCUGAAAAAUUAAUUGAGGCACUUCAACUAGAUCAAAGUGAAUACAGAGUAGGAAAGACAAAAAUAUUCUUUAGAGCUGGUAUUGUGGGAGAGUUAGAAGAAAUGCGCGAUGAGCGAUUAUCUAAAAUUAUUUCACAGUUCCAAGCAUACUGUAAGGGCAGUAUUAUGCGCAGUGAAUAUAAAAAGAUGGUGGCACAGCGUAUUGGUCUAGCUGUUAUUCAAAGAAAUGUCAGAAAGUAUUUAUUCUUGCGCCAUUGGUCUUGGUGGAAGUUGUACACUAAGGUUCAACCUUUAUUAAGUGUUGCACGAGCAGAGGAUGAAAUGAGAGCAAAAGAAGAAGAGUUAGAAGCUGCUAAAGAACAAUUAAAAAAAGAUGCAGAAGCUAAGAAAAAAAUGGAAGAAGAACUGACUGAGGCUAUGGCUCAAAAAGAAAAACUUUAUGCAAGUUUACAAGCUGAGACUGACAGAUUAAUUACAAUUGAAGACAAGCUUCUCAAUCUGCAAACAGUUAAGGAUAAACUUGAAAGUAGUCUAAAUGAAGCAUUAGAAAAGCUGGAUGGAGAAGAACAUAGUGUUUUAGUUCUUGAAGAAAAGAUUCAAGAAGCAGAAGAAAAAAUUGACGAACUUACUGAAAAGACUGAGGAACUCCAAUCAAACAUUAGUCGACUUGAAACUGAAAAACAAAAUCGUGAUAAACAAAUUGAUACCUUGAAUGAAGAUAUUCGCAAGCAAGAUGAAACUAUCUCUAAAAUGAAUGCAGAAAAGAAGCAUGUAGAUGAGGAGUUGAAAGAUCGCACUGAACAACUACAGGCUGCUGAAGAUAAAUGCAACAACCUCAAUAAAACAAAGAAUAAAUUAGAAUCUUCUAUUAGAGAGAUUGAACAAGAUUUAAAGAAAGAAAAAGACAGUAAAAUGAAGUUAGAAAAAGAAAAAAAGAAAGUUGAGUCAGAUCUUAAAGACAAUCGAGAUAAACUUUCAGAAACAGAAACUCGUCUAAAAGAAACUCAGGAUCUUGUAACUAAGCGAGAAAAGUCAAUAUCCGAUUUAGAAAAUGCAAAAGAAGGUCUUGAAUCACAGAUUAGCCAACUCCAAAGAAAAAUACAAGAACUUCUUGCUAAAAUUGAAGAAUUAGAAGAAGAGCUUGAAAACGAAAGAAAGUUGAGGCAGAAAUCAGAGCUACAAAGAAAAGAGUUAGAGUCAAGAAUUGAGGAAUUGCAAGACCAACUUGAAACAGCAGGCGGUGCUACAUCAGCUCAAGUUGAAGUUGGUAAAAAACGUGAAGCUGAAUGUAAUCGCCUUAGAAAAGAGAUUGAAGCCCUUAACAUAGCAAAUGAUGCUGCCAUCUCAGCUAUUAAAGCAAAAACAAAUGCUACCAUAGCAGAAAUUCAAGAGGAAAAUGAAGCAAUGAAAAAAGCAAAAGCAAAACUUGAGAAAGAAAAAAGUGCACUUAAUAAUGAAUUAAAUGAAACUAAAAACUCGCUUGAUCAAAUUAAGAAGCAAAAAACUAAUAGUGACAAGAACUCCCGUAUGCUUGAAGAACAAAUCAAUGAACUAAACAGCAAGUUGGCUCAAGUUGAUGAAUUACAUUCUCAAAGUGAGUCAAAGAAUUCUAAAGUUAACAGUGAGUUGUUGGCUCUUAACAGUCAAUUGAGCGAAUCAGAACAUAAUUUGGGAAUAGCUACUAAAAAUAUAAAAACUUUAGAAAGUCAACUUGCAGAAAGUAAAAAUUUUAAUGAAGCUGAAUCAAAGGCUAAACUUGAGAAUUACAACAAGCUACAAAAUGCUUUAGCAGAAAUUGAAUCUCUUCAAGAGCAACUUGAAGAAGAAGCAGCGGCAAAACAAGAUCUACAAAACAAGUAUUUACGUGCUGCUGCUGAGGCCCAACAGUGGAAAGCAAAAUAUGAACAAGAUGGGGCCAAUCGAGUUGAGGAGCUAGAAGAAGCAAAGAAAAAACUUGCUAAAAGAGUACAAGAAGUUGAAGAAGCAUUAGUAGCUGCUGAAUCAAAAGCUGCUGGAAUGGAGAAAGUUAAAAAUAGAAUGAAUGAAGAAGUUGAAGAUUUACUUUUGGAUCUUGAAAAGGCUCAAGCCCAGGCUUCAAACUUAGAAAAAAAACAAAAGAAAGUUGAUCAACAAAUUAAUGAAUGGAAGCAAAAAUGUGAAGAAAUACAGGCUGAGUUUGAUAAAGCUCAGCGUGAUGCAAGAUCAUAUUCUACAGAUCUACUCAAGGCAAAAGCUGCAAAUGAAGAAGCAAAUGAAAAGAUUGAGGCCUUGAAAAAAGAAAAUCGUAUUUUAACUGCUGAUAUCCAAGCUAUUUCUGAACAAGUUAAUGAAGGUGGAAAAAAUAGCUUAGAGAUUGACAAAUUACGUCGAAAACUAGGUUUAGAAAAUGAAGAACUUCAGGUUGCACUUGAAGAAGCAGAACUUGCUCUUGAACAAGAAGAAGGAAAAUUACUUAAGGCCCAACUUGAACUAACUCAGCUAAAACAAGCUACUGAAAAGAAAUUUGCAGAGCGUGACGAGGAACUUGAAAACAUGCGAAAAAAUCACCAAAGACAAAUUGAAAGUUUGCAAAAUACUAUCGAUAAUGAACAAAGAAAUCGCAAUGAGCAAGCUAAGCAAAGAAAACAGUAUGAUGCAGAAAUGAAUGAGUUGGAGAGCCAAGUUGAGACAGCCAAUAGACAAUCUAGUGAAUAUCAAAAGCAAAUAAAGAAAAUGGCAGCUCAAAUAAAAGAGUUGCAAACGAUGAUUGAUGACGAGUCCAAUAAUCGUGACAAUCUUAGAGAUACUGCUAACCGUGCUGAAAGAAGAGCUAAUGAGUUAGCUGUCCAACUAGAUGAAGCUAAAACUGCUUUGGAACAAGCUGUUCGUGCAAGAAAGUUGGCUGAAAAUGAUAAGUCUGAUAAUAGUGAUCGUAUUGCAGAAUUGCAGUUGCUGUAUAACAAUAUGAGUAAUGCUAAGAGAAAAGCAGAAAGUGAUUACCAUGCUCUUCAAGAGGAACUUGAAGAGUUAGAUAAUGAAGUUAAAGCAUCUGAAGAAAAAGCUGCAAAAGCAACAGCAGAAGUUGCACGAUUAAGUAACGAAUUAAAUCAAGCUCAAGAAGCAGCAUCAACAUCAGAGAAAGCCAGAGCAAUUUUAAGUAAAACUAUUCUUGAACUUCAAGCAAGACUUGAUGAGGCUGAAUCACAAGGAGCAAAAGGGUACAAGACUCAAAUUAAAAAGCUAGAAACAAGGAUAUCAGAGCUUGAAAGUGAAUUAGACACUGAAGUGCGGCGUUCAGCUGAAGUAGUGAAAAAUGCUAGAAAGAAUGAGAAAAAAGUCAAAGAAUUGCUGUUUCAAAUAGAUGAUGAAAAGAAAGCUGUGGAUAUUGCUGUUGAUAAUGCAAACAAAUCAGAACAGAAGUUCAAAAAAUUAAAAGUUCAAUUCGAUGAAUCUGAACAACAAGUCUCUCAAUGGCAAUCAAAGUUUAAAAAAGCUUCAGCUGAGUUGGAGGAUGCUUUAGAGAGAUGUGAAGCAGCAGAACAAGCUCUUCAAAAAGCACGACAACGAAACUCAUCAGCAGCAUCAACACCUGGAACACGAGGGCCUUCAACUCCUGGAUCACGUGCACGAUCUCGAAUGCGAACCCCACAGCACGACGAUUAGACGUCAAUUAUAUUUCACAAUUGGAUUAUAAUACACGAUUAGAAAAUAAAUUUUUAGCAUUUUUAACAAUUUCAAAUAAAAAGUAUAAUAAUUUUAAAAAAAGAAUUCAAAAA